GAGUGGUUGUUCAAGAGCUACCACCUUCUCAAUAAACGCAAAAGAUUAAAAAGAUAAAAAAAAAACAUAAAAUCUAAAUCAAUAAUAAAGCAGGAGGGUCUCUCAGGUCAAGGUGAUGGCGUCGAAACGGAUCCUGAAGGAGCUGAAGGACCUCCAGAAAGAUCCUCCUACUUCAUGCAGCGCUGGGCCAGUUGCAGAAGACAUGUUCCACUGGCAGGCGACAAUAAUGGGUCCUGCUGACAGUCCAUAUGCAGGUGGAGUGUUCCUUGUCACUAUACAUUUUCCUCCAGACUAUCCUUUUAAACCACCCAAGGUUGCAUUCAGGACAAAGGUGUUUCACCCUAAUAUCAACAGCAAUGGGAGCAUUUGCCUUGACAUUUUGAAAGAACAGUGGAGCCCUGCCCUGACAAUAUCCAAGGUAUUGCUUUCAAUCUGUUCACUGUUGACAGACCCCAACCCUGAUGACCCUUUGGUUCCGGAGAUUGCCCAUAUGUACAAGACUGACAAGAACAAGUAUGAGACCACCGCAAGGAGCUGGACUCAGAAGUAUGCUAUGGGUUAAGUGUGAGCUGCUAGGACACGCAGAGGAGGGCUUUCUGUCCCUGUGGCAUUGAUCUGGUGAGCAGAUGUAUGAAUGGCGUGAUCUGUUCUUCACAUAAGUGGACCAAUAGGGAGAGUAUUCUGCCCUCGGAACGCAAUUGCUUUGAAUUGUUAAUUUGUUAUGCAAUAUUUAUAUAUAAGACAUUGAAACCCAUCUUA